AUGCCAGAGGUAAAAUCUGGUGAUGUGAUCAGCGGAACAGUUACACAGAAUGAAAUAGUCUCAGCGGUAACGGAUAUUUAUCAACAACAAAUUUACGAUACGUCAGAACCUUCCCUGAGCCAGUCAGAUGAACUUACAAGUAACUCUAACAGUGGCUGUGAUAUUAUACUGAAUAAUCAGGAUAAUUCAUUAAGAAAACUUUCUGGUGAGAGCAUUAAUGGCUCGUUGACGUCCCCAUCAAACUCAAGAGCACAGUCUCCAAAUUUCUUGAAGAAGAAAUAUGUCUCUCUCAUAGAAAGAAUCAGAGAAAGGGAGAAGAGUGGAACACCUUUCUACUCUCUUGAGUUUUUCCCACCUCGUACACAGAGCGGAGCUGCCAAUUUAAUUUCCACGAUUGAGCGACUCGCUGCCUGUGGCCCUUUGUUUUGUGAUAUGACCUGGCAUCCUGCAGGGGACCCUUCAAACACAGAAAAGCCAACAAGCUCCACCUGUAUUGCAGGUACCAUGCUCAACUACUGUGGCCUGGAAACAAUGCUUCACAUGACCUGUGUUGGGAUGACAGUCAAAGAAAUCAAAGAAAACUUGCUGAAAGCCAAGGAUCUGGGGAUCAGGAGCAUACUGGCUUUGAGAGGAGACAUUCCUGAGGGGAAUACAGAAUGGAAAGCCACACCUGGAGGCAUCAAUUAUGCAACAGACUUGGUUAAACUGAUUAAGGAUGAGUUUGGUGAUCACUUCGUUAUCUGUGUCGCAGGCUACCCAACAGGGCAUCCAGAAUGUAAAUCAUACCGUGAAGAUCUUCAGCACCUGAAGGAAAAAGUGGAUGCAGGAGCAGACUUCAUCAUUACCCAGUUGUUUUUCAAACCAGAGACAUUCUUAAAUUAUGUAAAGGAUUGCCGUGCAUUGGGAAUAACUGUUCCUAUAAUACCUGGCAUUUUACCUAUACAGGCCUACCAGUCUCUCAACCACAUCGUCAAGCUAUCAAAACUAGAAGUGCCUCAAGACAUCAUCGACACAAUCACCCCCAUCCAACACAACGAUGAAGCCAUCAGAAAGUACGGGAUAGACCAGGCUGUCGACAUGUGCCGCAUUCUUCUCAACUCAGGGUUUGCCACCGGCCUCCAUUUCUAUACACUCAACAGAGGAUUAGCGGUAAAAGAAGUUCUGGAACAACUCGGGUUAUGGACACAGAUUUGUCGUACUUUACCGUGGAAGAAGACGGCUAACCACAACCGCUGUGAAGAACAAGUUCGUCCAAUUUUCUGGAGGUGUCGACCCAAUAGCUAUGUGUAUCGAACUUCAGACUGGGAAGAGUUCCCAAAUGGUCGCUGGGGUGAUUCCCGAGCAGCAUCUUUCAACGAUAUUAAGACAUAUCACUUGUUUUACUUGAAAAGUCGGUCGUCCAAAGAAGAGCUUCUGAAGAUGUGGGGGGAGGAGCUUACUUGUGAACAGGAUGUGUGGUCAGUGUUCGUCUGUUAUCUAACUGGAGAGCCCAACAAAAAUGGAGUGAAGGUGAAGCGGAUCCCCUGGGAUGAUGAUGAGAUAGUUGCAGAAACAUCACUUAUUGCCAGCAAACUUGCUUGUGUCAACAGACGGGGUGUCCUCACCAUAAACUCCCAACCCAGGGUCAACUGUGCACCUUCCACUGAUCCAGUUGUUGGUUGGGGGGCUCCUAAUGGCUAUAUUUAUCAAAAGGCAUAUUUGGAGUUUUUUACCUCAAAGGAGAAUGUUGCAGCACUGAAGGAGAUCCUGCUUAAAUACCCACUAGUCAACUACCACAUUAUAAACCAUACAGGUAUAACCGACCACACAAACUGUGACGAGUUUCAGCCGAAUGCUGUAACUUGGGGAGUGUUCCCUGGAAAGGAGAUUGUACAGCCAACAGUUGUUGACCCUGAGUCUUUCAAGAUAUGGAAGGACGAAGCAUUUGCUCUGUGGCUGGAAACUUGGGCCGAGAUUUACCCUCAAGGCUCCAGGUCUCGAGAGGUCAUACAGUAUAUUCAUGACAAUUACUACCUAGUGAAUUUGGUGGAUAAUGAAUACCCAAAAGAGACGGUCUUGUGGGAAAUCGUUGAUGAAAUGCUGACAUCCACCGGAGGAAAAAAAGAGUCUCCCUGUGCUGAACUUGCCAAGUGA